GGGCCUGUGAUUACCGUCCGAUUAGGUCCCGCCAAGGCAGUGGUGUUGUGAAGUAAAACGGUCAAACUGUUUGUGGGGAAAUGUGCAUAUAGUUGUCAAGAUUUUGGUAUUGGAUCUCAUCUUAAAUCCCGUUUCUAUUUCUGCUGUUUUAAUGGGUGAGACUGGUGUCAAAAGAACUGCAAUUGGAAGUCCAAACAGAAGCCGCAAGGCAUUUGAUCCAUCUGUUAUUACACAGAUUCCAAAGAAGCUCCAAAAUUGUUUGAAGCUUAUGAAAUUAGGACAGGAUAAGGAAGGAUUAGGCUCAUUGAGUAACGAAGAACAGCCAGCUAGUUCCUCAAGGAUUGAUCUUGAUAAGCAAUUACGAACUUGGAAAGAAAAUCCUUCGUGGGUUGAUCAGCCUCCAGAAAUAAAGGUCAGUGUACCAAAAGGUUCUCUGUGCAACCUUAAAGUGAACUUCAAUGUUGGGUUGCCUCCAGAUGCCGUGUACAACAUUGUGACUGACCCUGAUAAUAGGAGAGUCUUCAAAAACAUCAAGGAAGUGAUAUCCAGGGAAGUUCUGCUCGAUGAAGGUCAUCGGCAGGUGGUUGAAUUGGAACAAGCAGCCAUAUGGAAAUUUUUAUGGUGGUCUGGGACCAUUUCUGUUCAUGUUUUAGUUGAUCAGGACAGACGAGAUUUGACAAUGAAAUUCAAGCAAGUGAAAACAGGGUUCAUGAAACAAUUUGAAGGAUGCUGGAGAGUAGAACCUAUAUUCAUUGAUGAAAGCAUGUGCUAUCCGUUCAAGCCGAAAACAUGGGCAGACUAUUGUUCAUGUACAGAAGGCAAAGGGAGGAUCGGUUCGAAAGUGAGCUUGGAGCAGUUAAUCCAGCCAGCAUUAGUUCCACCACCACCCAUUUCCUGGUAUCUAAGAGGAAUCACUUCUAGAACCACUGAAAUGAUAGCAAAUGAUUUGCUUGCUGAAACUGCCAGAAUAAGGGGAGAUUUUAAUAAUACAAGGUUCACAGAUUCUGAAACAUUUAAUAACUCGUUUAGCGAUGAAUGCAAUUUGGCAUUCAUUGACAAAUCAUCCAACAUAAAAGAGCGAUGGGCCUUUCGGAGGAGAAAUGCAAAUAGACAUUCUAGAAGACUGUUUACUGCUAAAUGACAUAAUUUAAGUGCUGUAUUCUUAUUGUAUCUUCUUUGUAGUUUGGAUAUAAUGCUUGAAGAAUGAAUUUUCAUCUACACAUUGAGACUCAA